AUGCUUGCUACCUUACCACAGAAGCUCAACGUCUUGAUUCUCUAUGGUAGUCUUCGCCAAAGAUCGUAUUCUCAACUCGUAUCAUUCGAGGUUGCUAGAAUACUCGACCACAUGGGUGCAGAUGUCAAGAUCUUUAAUCCAUCGGGCUUACCAUUGAAGGAUGAUACAACCGACAAUCACCCAAAGGUCAAAGAACUACGUGAGCUUAUCGCCUGGAGCGACUCUAACUUUUGGGUAUCACCCGAACAACAUGGUCAGAUUACAGGUGUCAUGAAGACUCAAAUUGAUCACGUUCCAUUAUCACUUGGUUCAGUACGUCCUACUCAAGGUAAAAUACUAGCUGUUGCUCAGGUGAACGGUGGUUCACAAUCUUUUAACGCAGUGAAUACACUCAGGUUGUUAGGUAGAUGGAUGAGAAUGCAUACAAUAGCUAAUCAAAGCUCUUUGCCCAAAGCUUGGACUGCCUUUAGCCCAGAUGGACGUUUUCUUCCGUCCAGUAAUCGUGAUAGACUUGUUGAUGUCUGCGAAGAAUUCAUCAAGGUUAGCUGCCUGUUCUACGGUAAAACCGAUCUAUUUGCUAGUAGAUGGAGUGAACGAAAGGAGAAGGAAGCCAAGGGACGGCUUCUUUCACAAGAAGAGAAAGAGGUUAAGAAGGAACAUUAG